GAAGAAACUCGACAAACGUUCAACAUGCUAUAACUAAAAUCGGAAAGCGGCGGCGACGUUUGGGCUAAUCUCACUUGCCGCGCAGUCUAUGAGUUAAGAUCUGAACCUUACUGAAGAACCUACAUACUACAACUAAAAUUACUUUAUAAUAAUAAUAAUAACAUAAGAUGACGAACAAAAUUGUUUCUUCUCAGCAGAAAUGUGUUAAUACUAUAUAUACAUUUUCCACUGAAUAUACUGCAGAUUGUAUCGAGUGGUGUCCACAUAACCCCAACAAGCACUUAUUUGUUUGUGGAAAUUACCAGUAUACGGAGCCAGGAACGGAAGAAAAUACUCUUGACAAACGUUUGGGGCGCAUCUUGCUGUUUUCUAUUUCUCCACAUCGUGGUUUAGAAGUUCUGCAACAACUUGAUACUGCGGGAGUGUUAGAUAUAAAAUGGUGCCACAAUCAAAUUUGUGACGUGUCUCUACUAGGUAUUGCCGGUUCAGAAAAAACUGUUGAUAUAUACCAAUUAAAAAUAAAUAAGUUAAUAAAUUUAACUCAUUAUAAGUUUAGGGAUAUUGUUGGUGAUACCAUUGUUUUAUCUCUUGACUGGUCGACUGGUAAAUAUGAAUCCAGUCAGCCAAACAUUGUGUGCAGUGACUCAAAUGGUAAAAUUCACUUAUUUAGGUUGCUUAAUAGCGGUUUAAACCUUGAGAAAAGUUGGAAUGCACAUGAUUUUCAGGCUUGGAUUUCAGCAUUUUACUACUGGGAUCCGAAUAUUAUAUUUAGUGGAGGUGAUGAUGCAUUAUUUUUACAGUUUGACAAAAGGGUUGGAGACAUUCCCGUAACUGUGAAUAAAAAGCAUGAAACUGGCGUUACUGCAGUUCACUCUAAUAAAUCCAAUGAAUAUGUUAUUGCUACUGGAAGUUAUGAUGAGAGUGUUAGACUUUGGGAUAUAAGGUCAUUAAAGACCCCUCAAAAAACUCUAAAAAUGCCCGGGCCAGUUUGGAAGUUGAAAUGGGAUCCUUUUUCGCAAGAGUUGUUGUUAAGUGCCUGCAUGUUGGGUGGAGUUCAUGUUAUUAAUCCGUUUAAAAAUGAAAUGGAGAUAACUCAUAGCUAUUAUGAACAUGCAAACAUAUCAUAUGGGGUAGAUUGGUGUCACCUAGACUCAAAGGAAGUAGAAAAAUUUGACCAAGAGGGUGCUGCCAUCAUAGGAACUUGUUCCUUCUAUGACCGUCUCUUAUGUGUUUCAAAAUUAUCAUGGCAUUUUAAUGCCUAGAAAUAGAUUUUUCAAUGUUAUUUGAACAAAUAACAUAUUGGGUGUUCAUUCUGUUUCCUCAAUCAAUUAAUCUGUACAUAUGCCUUAUUAGACAUGGUAGCUUAUAUGUACGCCACUGGUGGGUGGUUUCACGCAAGCAUCCAUUGGCAAUAACACUAAUUUAAAAUUUACGCGAAAGCAGAUAGACGUGCAACUACACUAAAGCAUUGAUAUUGGCCAACGCUUAACUUUUUAAUUUCUUUCGUGAAAUCAAAUAUGCGCAUGUGCUUCAUGAAUCUCAGUUUUAUUAGUUAUUAGUAAUAGUAAUUACUGAGCUCGGCGUAGCCAAGUAUGUUCGGAUUCGGAUUUUUAUAAAAAUUAGUCAAUUUUCCAGAAAAAUUACGGUAAUGUAGCAAGUUAGUCAGUUAGGGGGUGACGUAUGCGCAAAAAAUCAUAACCACCUGCGGCGCAUCAAUUUUUACGGGAGUAGAGCCCACUAUAUUUUUGUAUAGUUAUGUGGUUUCAACCCACUUUUUGAAUUUAUAACUACAAACUGAAAAAAAU